AUUUGGAAGACGAAACGAUCACUGCACUUCCGCUUCUGCUACUGGCCCGCAGAAGCGGUGUUCUCCAGAGUUUAACCCCAUCUGGACGAGCAAUUGAGGAUUUAACAGUAUUAUCUUGAAGUCGCCAGCGCCCGAAGUGCAAACAUUCAGCAGGCGCUGCAGUGGCGGCCGGGUGUGUUUCCGUGGACUGUUGAUUAUGGUGUAAGACGGCGCGUUUCACCAGACUCAGAGACAGCAGGUGAGAGAGCGGGCCGCCAUGCUGACGUUGGCGAGUAAGCUGAAGCGGGACGAGGGCGGGAAGGCGGGCCGCGCCCCCAGCGGCCCCUCAGACUCCGCCCACCGGGUGUCCAUCCGCGACCGGCUACUCAUCAAAGAAGUUGCAGAACUUGAAGCCAACCUUCCAAGUACCUGUAAACUCAACUUCCCUGACGUGAACAAGCUUCACUCGUUUCAGCUGGCCGUCUCCCCAGAUGAAGGCUACUACCAGAGCGGGAAGUUCCACUUCGAGAUCGACGUCCCCGAAGCCUACAACAUGGUGCCCCCCAAAGUGAAGUGCCUGACCAGAAUAUGGCACCCCAACAUCACAGAGACCGGAGAGAUCUGCCUCAGCUUGCUGCGGGAGCAUUCGAUCGACGGCACGGGGUGGGCUCCGACCAGGACGCUGAAGGACGUGGUCUGGGGACUGAACUCCUUAUUUACUGAUCUUCUGAAUUUCGACGACCCGUUGAACAUCGACGCGGCCGAACAUCACCUGCGGGACAAGGAGGACUUCGGGAACAAAGUUCAGGACUUCAUCAAGAACUACGCCAGAUGAUGACUUGGACAGCUGCGUCGGCUGCCUGCGACUGCGACUGCGCAGCUGAACCCCCCCUCCGCCCCCGACCGACCCGCUCUGCGCAUCAUCUCCAACGCACCCCAGACUGCGAUAUCAAACCACAAAAAAAAACAAAAAAAAUGCAUCUAGAUGUUAAAAUUUUAGAAGAAGAAAUUGGGGGGGGGAGAAAAGAAAUUGCUUUAGAACUGCUCUCCAGAAUCCCAUUGGGCACAGGAGAGGGGAAAUGGAACAUAAAUGAAAUUAUUCUCUUUUUUAUUUUUUCUUCCUUUUUGUCAGGGCUCGAGGAUGAACUUGGUCACGUGACCCCCCCCACCUCCCCCCCAGCAGUUCGCUUUACUUUAAAAAAGGGGGGGGGUGUCGAUGUUAGCGAAACCCAACGACAAUGAUAAUCGGGCCAGCGGUGAGGUGGAUAGACCCGCGAUAACGCCACGUCCCCCCUUGCUAGUGCCCGCCCUGCCCCCCUUCUCUUUUCGCAGAGAAAGAAGAAAACCUGUGUAGCUGAACAAAAAAAAAAAAAAAAAAAAGACAAAAAAAAGAAACCACUCUGUGUAACUGAAUUUAAACCACACUGCCUGCUCCCACACCUGACUGCAUGCCAAUAGCCAAGAGCACAGGGAGGAGGGGGGUUGGGGGAGCUGUACCCUCCCCGCCCUCCCCACCCCCGCGUGUAGACGCGGGUCAAAGCUGUGGCCAACGUUACCGAUGACUCUGUCCAAUCAGCACAGCCCCGGGAUCCCGCUGCGCUACCUGCUUCUCACCUUUUAGCUAGCCGAGUGAAAACGAACAAGAGAAAACGAGAAAAGCUGUGAUUGUUCUUUUGAGGAUGUAAUUUUGGGGGCGGUCUGCCACCGGGUCACUUCCUGUGUCCUCACUUCCUGCCCCCCUGCUGUGUGGUCCCACCUGAGCAUGUGUGAAAGGCUGCCAGCCCCUCUCCACACACACACACACACACACACACAC